UCCUUGUUUAGUAUUUUUCGGUUUGAUUGUUGAGGCGAAAUUGGGAAUUAUUGUGUAUUUUCCACAAAAUUUUAUUCGUCCUGUGAUUGGAUAAAAUAAACAUGUUCCUGACUAAUGUUUUAUUGAAAAAGGCAAAAAGCAAAUUGAUAAUGGUCUUGAUGGAGAGUGCAGUAUCUGGACACAAAUUCAACACGAUCAGGGAGCGUCUUGCUGAUAAAUUAGAGCUGAUACGAUUUGAUCCAUAUAUACAAAAGGAGAGCAUAUACAGGGAGAGGAAAAAGAUCAGGAGCAUAAAAUCAAAUUAAAUUCACCA